AUGGCUGUUUCCCUUUUCCGAGCAUCACAGUUCAGUCAACACUUCUGCGACCAACAUGUGUGCGAAACUCGGAAUUACCUGUUCCUCCUGCAGCUGAUCCUCCUGGUGGGCGCCCUCGCGGCUCUGGCCUCCGCCGUCCCCCGUCCCGACCUCCUCCCCGUCUACCACGCUCCUCACCCGACCUACAAGCAGCCAGGAAUGCCCUUCGACUUCAGCUACGCCGUCAGGGACCCCUACUCGGGCAACGACUACGCCCACGCCCAGACCAGCGACGGUCACGUCACCUCCGGAUCCUACAGCGUGGCUCUUCCCGACGGCCGAACCGAGAUCGUCGAAUUCACCGCCGAUCACGACAACGGCUACGUCGCCAACGUCGCCUACGAGGGAGAGGCCUCGUACCCGCCCCCCGCC